CAGAAAUAGUAACUGUUCGAGUAGAGAGUACCCUGCGAAUUUGAAGUAUCUCGGUACAGCACCAUCGCCGGAAAGAAUCGUCGACAGGGUCGAGACAUCAAUUCCCACGCCUGGCCCAGCAUACCGCUCGGCUCGAUACCGCCGAUUCUGUAUUUCGAGCAUGACAUCCACCGCCGAGAAGCCAGCAGCAGAGAAGCCCCCAGAGUCUCCACUGGAGCUCCUUCCGAGACUCUCUCUCUCGGAGAUGGAGACGGGGCUCGGCCGAGCGGGGGUUCUCCGGUCAAGCAUACCACGAUCUGCCUCGGCCUCACUGGCCGGCGAUUCAUCGCCCUUUCCAAAAUCCAGGACCGUCCGCGAAGUCAUAGAUAAAAGCGCCGACGAGGUCAUGAGCGACCUGCUGCGUGUAUCUUCAAGUGCCCAUCAGUCGCGGUCCUCGUCCUAUGCCGGCGUCAUGCUGAUGGACGAGCUACUCGGCCCGGGCGUCCAAGUCCUCGGCUUCCGAUUCCCGGAGUCCAAGGGCCUCGACCGAUCGGCCACCACAGGGCUCAAGAUCCUCCACCGACCGGCCAACCCAAGGCCCAAGAAACUCAAUCGACCGACAGCCUUCGUCUGCGCGUGCCAAAGCCGGUGCGCUGCCGACGAACUCGCCGCUGGCCCUACCUUCACCCUUGGCCCUAUCUUCUCCGCGGGCCAUUUCAUCUGCAUCGACAUCACCCGGAGCCUCGCUCUCGCCACUGGCGUCGCUCUCACCGAUGGCAUCCGGCUCUGCGCAAAGCUCGGUCUCUCAGCUCUCAAAGCGCGGCCAGAGCUCAGCGGAGCCAGGUCAUCCUCGGACCAGAUACUUUACAAAGGCAAACUCGUAUGCUGGGAACCAAGCCAACGCAUCAGCAAAAACUGA